AUGCCGCCGAGAACACUCGUCUUAAUUUUCGCACUUUUUGUGAUCAACAGCACAAUUGCCCGAAAUUCUGACAACCCUGGAUUCUGGGUUGUCUCCACGUCACAACCGCCUUCCAACCAACAAAAUGUCAACAACGUUUGCGUGACAGACCUGAAAGACAAACUAAAACUUCACGAUGCCCAACUUAUGGAACUGAAGACCCAGCUACAAGAAACAAGAAACGAACUUCUCCGAGAACAGAAGCUUCUUCCUCCCCAGGACUGCCGAGAGGUCCUGCAACGAGGUCACAAAGAUUCCAGUUUGUACAAAAUUAAACCUAUAUAUUCUCCGGAGGAGUUCUGGGCACGGUGCGACUUGACAACAAGAGGGGGCGGCUGGACUUACGUUCUUAAUAGAUUCGAUGGCUCGGUGGAUUUUUUCCGAAACUGGACGGAAUACAAGACCGGGUUUGGUGAUCCUUCGGGGGAGUUUUGGUUGGGGUUGGAAUAUUUGCAUCAUUUAACAGAUAGUAAACUGAAUGAGGUGUUGUUCGAGCUUGUGGAUUGGGAUUUGAAGAAAGUCUACGCACGGUAUGACAAGUUUAUCAUUGGGAAUGAAAACGUAGGGUACCAAAUUAAGGCGAUGGGAAAAUUUGACGGAGACGCUGGAGAUUCUUUUUCACAACAUGUAAAUAUGAAAUUUACAACCACAGAUAGAGACCAGGAUACGGAUGAUGGAAACUGCGCUGUUAGAUUGAAGGGCGCGUGGUGGUAUCAUAAGUGCUACCACAAUCAACUUACGGGCCUGUAUGCCGCCCUAGGUCAAAGUAAAAAUCACCAAAACAUCCACUGGAAUUCAUUUCAUGGAGAUACGUACAGUCUGAAGCAAGUUCGAAUGAUGAUCCGGUCUGUAGAUUGA